GGAGCUGGAGUUGCUGUCCCUGCAGAGUGGGGUACAAGGGCCAGAGGAACCCUGUCAUGACUCUGGAGAGCCCAGGACCCAUCACCACGUGGGCCAUGUUGUGCCAUCAUCCCCUCUUGCCUCUGGCUGUUGUCAUCCCUGAGAGUCAUCAGCCCAAGCAGUUCUUUCUUCACUUGGAACUAAUUUCUCCUGGUUUGAGGCUUGGCUGGUGUGAGGCAAGGAUGCUGUGUGCAACCACCACGUGGCUCUGCCUCAGGGUGCAGAGAUCUCUCUUCAAACCUGUGCACAGGGAGGAUGUCCACUGACAUACUUUGGUGCUUUACAGUCCACAUGGAAAAAGAUGGAAGUUUGUUCAUCAGGAAUUCUUAUUCUUUUUAUUGGGAGAGGUGUUUUUCCUUGCUUGAGAAAGUGCCUCUUAAACUGUGCAGUUAUAUUCAAUUUUAUUUGGAAUUGGACUUGUACCAGUCUAAAUAUACAGGCAGCAGCUGGAAUUUCAAAGUACCAAGAUAAUCUCCUUUUCCUGGGGAAACUAAGGCCACAGAUACUCCAGGAGAUGCAUUUCAUGCUUGAGGAGGACUCUUGGCCAAGGUGCUGAUUUCAUCUGGAGUUCCUUGCACAUCAGUGCCCCAGAACUCCCCCCAUUAACUCACUGCCAUGGUCACAUUUCAUUUCUUUUCCUCUUCUAUCCCAUGUACCCUGAAAUGAUGAAAUGAUAGAAAGGGUGAGCAUGGUGUUGUGAAUUCUUUAGACAUGUGAGAGGUCAUGGUCUUAUCCCACGGAUGUGCAUUUACACACGGCAAACAUGAGAGGUUAAAAACUCACUUUGGUCAGUGUCAGAAAGUAGAGCUGUUAAUUAUUAUUUAUUAAUAUUUCUCUGUUGAUGUCCAGUGGAUGAGAAGAGAUGGCAUCAUGUCUGCAUGAGUCUUCCCAGGCACACAGAGUUUGAAAAUUAUUCAAAAAUCAUUGAAAACCUGGAUCAGCUGGAUCAGCUGUAUCUUACUAAGUCAAUACCCUCAAAGUUCACUGCCUCCACAGUUUGUUGGGAUUGAUUUUUUAAAGUUUCUUCAAUGCUGAUCCAUCCUGAAGUGGAUUUCCCUUAGAUCCUUGCCCCUCUUUGCCAUUGCUAUGCAUGCCAGGAAGACUAGGUGCUUAUUUCCAGAAGCACCAUGCCUGACAGGUUUUUUUAUCUGGGCUGUUACUAAACUGCACUUUUCGCUUGCUGGCCAUCUAAGCCAUCUCCUUUUUCACAGCUGUGCCUUUCUCUUUGAGACUGAACAGACUGCAAACAAUGCACAGCCUAGAGGGAAUGUCUAUUCCUUUGAUUCUCUCCUAGUCACAAAGGGACUUGGAAACAAGAAACCCGAAGGAAAUAUCAAUGUAGCCAUGCGUGUUUAUCUCCACACCCUUGUUUCAGCUACCUUCUGGGUGAGGAACUCUGGCUGGUUAUGGAGUACAUGGACAGAGGUGCUCUGAGCGAUGUCAUCAGCAAGAGCUACCUGUCUGAGGAUGAGAUGGCAGCCAUCAGUCGGGAGUGCCUGCAAGGACUGGAUUUUCUUCACUCCAACCAUGUCAUCCACCAAGAUCUGAAGAGCAGCAACAUCCUUCUCAGAACCGACGGCUCUGUCAAGCUGGCUGACUUUGGCCUCUUUGCUCAGCUCCCCCCUGAGCAGAGUAGACAGAGCUCCAUGGCCGGCACUUCUGGGUGGAUGGCGCCUGAAGUGGUGACGGGUCAACCAUAUGGCCCCAAAGUGGACAUAUGGUCUUUAGGAAUCGUGGGCAUUGAAAUGAUGGAACGAGAAGUUCCUUACUGGAAAGAAACUUCUGGCAUGCCUCAACUCCUGAUAGCCAUACGAGGGACACCAAGGCUGCAUCAGCCCAACCUGUUUUCACCUUGCCUGCGUGACUUCCAGAGCAUCUGCAUGCAGGCAGAUGAGGAGCAGCGCUGGUCUGCCAAGGAACUCCUGCAGCAUCCAUUUGUAAGAUUUGCUGAGCCUGUGUCCAGCCUGGUGCCACUGAUUCUUUCAGUGAAGAAGAAGAAGGAGAUAAGAAAGUGAAAAUCAUAUCAGGACAGUGACAGCUGUCCUGAUGCAGUGACAACUUGGCAACUCACAUCAGCAGGAGCCAGUGCCUCACACAUUUACUUCUCAACCGGCUUGGAGCAAGAUUGUAGUGUAGGACUAGGGUUAGGGUUAGGAUUAGGGUUUAGGGUUAGGUUUAGGGUUUGGGUUUAGGGUUAAGGUUAGGGCUAGGG